UUAAACUUAAGUCUCUUGUAAAAUAACGUUAUAGCCUAUAUUAAGCGUUGUUGUCGAAUUUAUAGAAGCAAUACGUUAAGGCAAAUAAGCAUUUCAGUCUUGAAAAUCAUGUUUUAUAGUCUUUUAUUUUUAAGUCUGUUAAAGUACACCGGAAGUCGUAUUUUUAGUUUGCCUGGCUUCACACUUCUGCCACUGCAACUGUAUGCCGAGGACGCGACAACUUGGAAAAUUUCCUUUCUGUCUUUAUGAAUCUUUCUUAAAUAAUAUUAUUUCGCCAAGAAUAUUAGAUUUAACCGACAUACUUGAAUCAACCUGGCAGGCUACUUCGCGCUAACACUGGAGAUGUGAAAAUGUUUGACUAUAUUUGGCAGCAUUUGUUCACGCCAUUCCUGAGGUUUUGGUUUAAGUGGUUCCUCAGACACUUCACAGGGAAAUGUGAGCUGCAGAGGAUAUGUGGCGGAUACAGGCCAGGGGCUGCCAGGACAUUACGAGCAGAAUACUCUCUAGAAUCCUCAAAGAAUAAGGUGUUAAGAGCUGCUGUUAGUGCGGAAGAAGACAAAGUGGAGGAGUGUGCUAUGGCUAUAAUGAAAGAAAAAAAGGUGUCAUCACAGAAAGACCCAGCGUUUAAAACGAGUCUCCAGGUUUGUCUAAUGCAGAUCUCUGGAUAUAAGAUACUGUAUGGCUCUGUGGAGGAGCUGAGGAAACAGCCCUUUGACUGUGAAAAUAACAGCCAUGAGACCAUGCUGCUGAGGCUGUGGGACUUGCUGAUGCCCUCAACAAAGCUGGAAUCCAGAAUUACCAAGCAGUGGGGAGAUAUUGGUUUCCAAGGCGAUGACCCCAAGACCGAUUUCAGAGGAAUGGGGAUGCUGGGGUUAACAAAUCUCAUUUUCUUUAGCGAGAAGUACACUGAUGUUGCCCGGCAGGUGCUAUCUCAUUCAGGUCAUCCCAAACUGGGAUACUCUUAUGCGAUAGUGGGGAUUAACCUGACGGAGAUGGUGUUCAGCUUACUGAGGAGCGGAGCUCUCAAACCGCACUUCUACAACACAGCGUUUCAGAGCCCAAAGAUGGAGCAUUUUCACCAGCUCUACUUUCCUGGGCUACAUGUCUUUGGUUUAUGGGAGGAAAGUAGAGUACUCGGAGGAAACCCACUGGAAUACAGGGAGAAACUCCACACGCAGAGGAUACAGCCUGGCCGGGACUCAAACCUGGAACCUGCUUCUUGCGUGGCAUCGGUGCUAACCACUGUCCAUAAAGCACACCUCAUUCAACAGCUCAUUGAGAUCUCCUUGAGCUUCUAAUUGGUACAACAGGGUGUGCCAAAUUAGAGUGAAUUUGAAAACCUACAGUAGCAGGAGGGUAGAUCUCCAGGAACAGAGUUGGUCAGCUGUGGUAUAAACAUAUUUAUCAUACUUCAGUAAAUUUAGGAACACUUGCUACAGACUGGUCUUAUUUGCAACAUUUAGUAACUGUGCUUAGGAUUCUUUAAUAUUGAGAGGUAGCAGCCAUCUUGUGCUGGAGACUACACACGGCUCUUGAAGUUGAAGAAUGCAGUUGUGAAAACAACCCAGCCCGUGUGUCAAUGUUGCUUUUCAGCUCAGUUUUGAGUUGGUAGUAUGUGGAUUUGGUACAUCAAUCAUUGUAAUCUUUUUCUCCCUUUCUUCAUUAGGCUAUUUUGCAUAUGAGUUUGAUAAGUUUUGGGUUGAAGAAAAGCCAGAAAGCAUCAUGGAGUUUAACCGCUACAGAGAAAAGUUUCAUGAAAAAAUGAAAGGUCUCUUACAGCAACCAGACGUGUCCCUUUGUUUGACAGUG